AUGUGUCCAAUGCUUCUUAAUCGCCUCUCGGAUGGCCCUGCCACAGUCCUCUCUCCUACCCAGGAACACGCCUUCGCCCAGUACCCUUCUCAGUCCUCCUUCAUCAGCUCCCCAGGAGGCUUCAACGGCUACUCUGCUAGUCCCAGCACCGUAUUUGCCAACGGUGGCUCCGCGCAUGCUGCUUCGACAAGCUUCAAAUUCCCACCUGCUCCUGCGGCUCCCAAGCCCUCUCGCAAGAGGUCGCGUGAUGAGAGCACUGUUGACGAGGUCGUCGCUCCUAGCGCGCCCUCAAGCCUUCGUCUAGCACCUCAACCCAAGGUGGAACCCGUCUAUGGAGAAGGAAUGGUCCUGCUAAACCCACAGACUGGCCUUGCGCUGUCUGCCGAGAGCCAAACCGGCACAUGGUACGAACAAGAGUCUGAGGCACAACAGGCCAUCGCCGCGCCUGUUUCCUCGCGAUCAAACGCAGUGCUUUCUGAUUCCAUCGAAAUAAGCCGCAAGUCUCAGCGCCUUGAUCAAUCCGCACCUGGCCUGGACGAUAUUGCUCUCUCCUCAAUUCGUCAACGUCUGAACGACCCCAGCUCCAACGAUCAACACCGCACACUUAACGCUGGGUCUGCUCCACCCACCGAGCCUCUGGUCGAUGACGCCACGCGUCUCCUAGGCAUCGGUUGGCAGCGCGUCAACACCGCUGGUGAUAUGGCUCCUGCCAUCCGUGGCUGGACCAAGUAUAUUGACAACCAGUAUUCGUCCCAUCUGCAUGACUCGCAGAUCCUCAUCAAAAGCCGCGCUCUGAACGCAUAUCUUGUGGCUGCCACUCCAAAUCUUGCAGCGUCACCUGCCUUCUACCUCUUCAGCGAAGACCUCACCCAAUGCCAGCUCGUGGCCUCUUCUUGGGACACAUGUAUUCAAAACCUACGCAACUCUCCCAUCAUCUUCGAGGGUGCCAUUCCUCUCACAGCCACUGACCGACCCGACGCGCAACCUACCGCCUUCGGUGUCAUGGACACUGGCGUGCCUCUUCUCCAACAAGCGCUGUCCAGUCACCCUCAAGCAGCGGAUCUCAACGGACUGAGUGGAGGCGUGGAAAUGGGGAUGGGAAUGGAGAUCGAUUCGUGA